CUUAUCUUUAUUAGCGAAUCGAAUGUAUGUUUCCGGGCUUCCCAAAAGGUACCGUAAGUUACUAAUGGUGGCAACCCACCCAGCUCAAUCCAAUUCCCAUAUGAAAGUGUGCCAGUCAGAGAUAAAAACUUCCAAGAAAAUGAGCCAACAAGACCUAUAAAUAUGUUAAAGGCAGCUACAGUCUGCACACUCAUUCCUAAAAUGUCUCCGGUCACAUGUCUAGUAGCUCCACUGCUCCUUCUGAUCGCCACGACAUCUGUUCCUGGUCAAGCCAAGGCGGCGGAUGUUUCGCGAAUCAUAGGCGGAGAAUUUGCGGGCCCUGGCCAGUUCCCACAUCAGGUAUCGCUCCAGUUGAAAGGGCGCCAUCAUUGCGGAGGAUCUCUCAUCUCCGACACGAUGAUUGUAACUGCCGCCCACUGCACCAAGGACCAGAACCCUUCGCAGAUGAAGGCCAUAGUGGGAACCAACGAUCUGAGCGCCGGCAAUGGGCAGGUUCUCGGCCUUUCCCAGUUCAUCAUCCAUCCGCAAUACAAUCCGCAGAGCCAGGACUUUGACAUGUCGCUGAUCAGGCUAAGCAGCCCCGUGCCAAUAGGCGGUGCUGUCAAAACAAUCCAGCUGGCCGAAGCUGACUCCAACUAUGCCGCUGACACCAUGGCCACCAUCAGCGGCUUUGGAGCAAUCAACCAGAAUCUUCAGCUGCCCAACCGCUUGAAGUACGCGCAGGUGCAGCUCUGGAGCCGUGACUACUGCAACUCCCAGAACAUUCCCGGUCUCACCGAUCGCAUGGUCUGUGCUGGGCAUCCCAGUGGGCAAGUCAGCUCCUGUCAGGGUGACUCCGGUGGGCCACUUACUGUGGAGGGCAAACUCUUCGGCGUGGUCUCCUGGGGCUUUGGAUGUGGCGCCAAGGGACGCCCGGCAAUGUACACCUAUGUGGGUGCCCUCAGGUCCUGGAUCAAGCAGAACGCAAAUGUUUAA